AGUUGAGUUUCUAGAAGCUGAAAAAUGGCUGCGCCUUUGAAACCUUGGGAAAGAGCUGGCGUAAACAGUCAAAAUCAGGGCAAUAUCCCAGUUAAUUCAAUGUCAGGUACGCCACUGUGUGAGGAUUCAGUGGCAUGUGGACUCCCCCAAGCCUCAGCUGGACCCCCUCCUCCUCUACCACUACGUCAGAGUGAUCAAACCAACAGAUUUGCUUCAGGUUAUGGUGGGGGAUAUGGUUAUAGUCCUUACGGUAGCAGUCCUUAUGGAAGUACAAGUUCAUAUGGAAGUACAUAUGGAAGUUAUGGAGGAAUGUACAGCAGUCCAUAUAGCAGUUACGGUGGUUAUGGAGGGUUCGGGAGUUAUGGUUACAAUAGCAGAUAUGGGAAUGAUCAAAUGAGUACGUUUGUGCGUCAAGCAGAAGAAAGUUCCAGACCAGCGUUUCAGUCGAUUGAAAGCAUUGUUCAUGCCUUUACAUCAGUAGGCAUGAUGUUGGAUUCUUCAUUCCAAGCUGUUUACAACUCAUUCCGUGCAGUUCUAGGCGUUGCAGACAAUUUCUCCAGGCUCAAGACCCAGAUGCUUUCUGUGUUUUCGGCUUUGGCUGUUAUUAGAACAUUGAGGUAUAUAUACAGAAAGAUUCUGGAACUACUUCGCCUACGUCCUGCAGGGUAUGCAUCAGCAGCCUGGCAGGAAGCAGCUGCAGCAGCAGCAACAAGUGCCACCUCACUCCCAGGAGAACCGAAACCGAAGAACAGUGCCUGGCCCAUCAUGAUGUUUUUUGGAAUCAUACUGGGUGCUCCUUGGCUCAUCUGGAAACUCAUCCGCUCUCUUUCAGAUGGUGAUGCUGAUAUUGCUGGAUGGGCCUCCACAGAUGAAGACCAUUUUGUGGCUCGGGCAAAGUUUGACUUUCAGACGGAUCGGCAAAAUGAAAUUACUUUUGUUACAGGAGAAACCAUUAUAAUUGCUCCCAAAGAACUUCAGCCUGCAAUAAAAGGAUGGCUUCUUGCGAGUGUUGAUGGGAAAAAGACGGGACUUGUUCCGGCGAAUUACGUUAAGGUUCUUGGCAAACGUCGAGGACGUAAAUACGAGGUUCAGGCUUCUCCAGACUCUUCUUUAGUGCAGACGGACAGUGCUGUGUCGUUGUCGGGUCCUACCGCUGAAUCUAGCACAACCUCUCUGCUUGGAGGGAACCGUUCUGUUAUUGCCAGCGUGUCCGAGGAUCAGUUGAGUUCAGCGUUUCAGCAGUCAACUUCUUCUGCAGAUGAAUUGACACCUUCGGAUAUUUUAGAUAAAUGUCAGGACAAGGCAACAUCAUUCACAAUUGAAAAAGAAAGUUAAACCAAUAAUAAUAAUGAUAAAACAUUGUCCAUACUGGAUUGUAAAAACAAAUAUUACUGAAUACUUUUCCGAGCAGAAUCACUAAUUUUAGUAUCCACUGUGAAAUUCAUUUUCAAAAUUCAUUAUACUUAGUGUUUUACUCUCAUAGUGUCGGACAGUUUAAAAAAAGUAACAUUUUAUGACUUCUUACAAAAUUCAGUAGUUUUAUGCUUUAUACGUAUUACUUUAUCAUUGUGAAAAAAAGACCAUAAAAUAUAAAACACAUGUCUUUUAAACUGUUUGUGAACAGCUGAGAAUUCAUUCUUGUUACACCAACAGACAAAGAAGUGUUGCAUUUGAGAAUGAAAAUGUGUUCAUGAACCUGUUGCUUCAUCAUAACUUUCAGGAAUGUUUUUUCAGCAGUUGAACAAAGUAGAAUGAAGUUUUCA